GAAAGACAUGAACAUUGAAGAGGAACUACUCCUUUAACUUAGUAGAACAUUACAAUAAAGUACAAUUUAUAAGAGGAAUAGAUCACCAAAAAUGGAAAUUUGCUUAAAUUUUAGGUAAUCCAUAACAUAGAUGAGUUUGGUUCUUCAUUGACACAGAUUGGACAAAUUUAGCAUUACAUCACUUGCUCACCAGUGGACCCUCUGCAGUGAAUGGGUGCCAGCAAAUGAGAGUUCAAACAGUUGAUAAAAAUAUCACAAUAAUCCAGAAGUAAUCAACAUAACUAAGUCCAUUAAAUUAACAUUUUGUGGAGUGAAAAGCUGUCUUUUUAUAAUAACUAAAUCCAUCAUUAAUUUGUUUUUAACUUCAAAUCAUUGCUUCCUGCUAAAUAUAAAUUCUUUACCCAUAAUAUUGCUUUUAAAGGGGUCAUGAACUGCCUUUUUUAUUAUUUUGUACUGUUCUCUGAGUUCCACUUACAAUGUUAUCAAGAUUUUGACAUAAAAAAACAUAAUUUAGAAGUAAUAGGCGAUUUUCUGUCAUGUUUAGACCCUCCUCAUCGGAAAGCUCUGUUUAAAUUGGCUUCGUGGUGGAUUGUAAACUUGGAAGUAAACAUUCACUGCUAUGAUUGGCUAAUAGUUGUGUAUGUUUGACAGCCUACAUCCUGCAUAGAUGGACACUGCUGUGAAUUAGGUUAAAAACACAUAAAUACUCAAUGCACAUCAAAUGAUCUGUAACAACAGACAAAGCAAUAGCGACCGUGUAAUAAAAACAGUUACUCACACUUGUGUGGUGCAAACAUAUUGUCUUCAGAGCCAUCUUUAUCAUCUGAUUCCUGCAUAGACCUGCAUUUGCCUGAGGCGAUGUUUAGCCACACUGUUACAUCAUAAACCUGUUGUUUUGGCAGAUUGGCAUCAAUAUAAUCUGUUUUUAGACUAACCAGAAAGUUUUGAGUUCUGAAACUUAUAGGAUGUUUUUAUAGUACAAUUACCUCCUAUAUGUCAAAAUAUCAGGAGAAUUUUGAUUUCUCAGUUCAUGACCCCUUUAACUGAGGGUGAGUAAAUAUUCAAAUUUGGGGGAACUCUUCCUUUAAAAUGAAUGCAUAGGUAUUAUUAAUGAAAAGCAGUUUUAUAGCAUUGAUUCAUUUUGAUUAAUAUUCUACAUAUGCGUUUUUAUUAGUUUUUAUGAAGUCAUGAAUUUACAACGAAUAUUUAUAAAUUAGCAUUAACCUUGAUUAAAUAAAUGCUAUAAAAGAAUUGUUCAUUAUCAUGGUAGUCUAUCUUAAGAUGAACCAUAUGUGACCCUGGACCAAAGAACCAAUCAUUUAUAGAUUUAUGCACCAUAAAUGCACCAUAAGCUUUCCGUGAAUGUAUGGAUUGUUAGGAUGGGACAAUAUUUGGCCGAGAAACAUCAAUUUGGAAAUCUGCAAUCCGAAGGUGCAAAAAAAUUAAAAUCUUGAGAAAAUAGCCUUUAAAGUUGUCCAAAUGAAGUUCUUAGCAAUGCAUAUUACUAAUCAAAAAUUAUAUAUUUACGGUAGGAAAUAUCUUUAUGGAACAUGAUCUUAAUAUCCUAAUGACUUUUGGCAUAAAAGAAAAAUGGAUCAUUUUGACCCAUACAAUGUACUGUUGGCUAUUGUUACAAAUAUACCUGUGGAACGUAUGACUGGUUUUGUUGUCCAGGGUACAUAUUGUAAAGUGUUACUCCUAACUCUAUCUUAAAAAGUAUUAACAAAACAUCACUUUCUGAAACAUUAAGCAAGUUAAUGAAGAGACAAUAAAAGAAAGAAAUUCAUUAAACAACGACUAUUUAUAGUUGUAGGUAUUAUGCACAGUAAGGAUACUUUUCAGUUCCAGGCUAUCCAAAACGGUGUGUCUGAGGUUAUGGAGGAGGAAAGCAACUUAAAGAAACGAAAAAGCGAUCAACAAGGCAACCAGGGCUCUGAGACUGGUCAGGAGGUGGUGGAGAAGGUCAAAAAGCGACGAGGUCGCCCACCUGCAGAGAAGCUGCCGCCCAACCCUCCCAAACUCACAAAACAGAUGAACACCAUCGUAGACAUGGUCAUCAACUACAAGGACACGUUGGGCCGACAGAUCAGUAAAGGUUUUGUUCAGCUGCCCUCAAGAAAAGAGGUGCCAGAGUACUACGAGCUCAUCCGCAAGCCUGUCGACUUCAGGAGGAUCAGGGAGAGAGUGCGUAAUCACAAAUACAGGUGCAUUGCAGACCUGGAAAAGGAUAUCAUGCAGAUGUGCCACAAUGCCCAGACGUUUAAUCUGGAAGGAUCUCAGAUCUUUGAGGACUCCAUUGUUUUGAAGUCUGUUUUUGAGAGUGCAAGACAGCGAAUAGUGGAGCUCAGCGAGGAAGACAAUGAUGCUGUUGGAAGCAGUGAAGCAGAUGGUGGCCGUCUUUUAAAUUUAGAGGGUAAGUCAAAAUGCAUGUUUUGUCUUGUCAAGUUAAAGAUGAAAAUUUAUAUUAAAUAUGUGGACAUUCAUUCAUUCUUAGGGAUGCAACCCGAAAAGCAUAAAUGUGUAAGACUACACAUAAAAAUCAGUCAAAUUAUUAAUGAUAAAGUGUGUAUUUCAGGAAGGGUAAAAUUAAAUGUUUUUGUCUUAAAAGCUCCAGUUUCAGUGUCAACAAAUCCCAAGCUGGAUGAAAAAAAGGAGAAAAAUAAAACGGUUCCUAGUAAUUCCAGCCCAAAGGAGGUCACAAACAGUGAUGAAGACCUUGGCAAAGAAUGUGCAAAUAACACAAGAGGACUAUUAAAUUAGACCCCGAAUGUUGAUCUAAUGAGCGUUGUAUGCCAUUUUAAGAACAUUGUAUGGCCAUUUCAGUCCAGUUUCCUUGCUGUUUCAGUCAAGGAUUUGUUCAAAAUGUGACCUCUCUCAUUAUAAUGGUUGCUUAAAACUCCUUUGUAAAACCUUUGUAUUCUAAAAACAACAUUGUUAAUGCAGUCCUUCUGCAGUGAUACAUCUAAAAUUGGCAUUGUUUUCGUGUAUUUAUAAAAUGUAAAUAAGUCAUAAACCCAAAAUAGAUAAUAUCAUGGUGAAAAAGGUCUGUAAGUUCAGACUGCCUGAAAACUUUCACUCUUUUUUCCCCAAGAAUGGAAAAAAAAAAAUGGUGGUAUGACAUAUUAUGAUAUUGUAUGAUCAUUUAAACGGAUGCAUUCAAUCUUUCAAGAUGGUAAAGCUAUGCUAAAUUUGCAAGCUAUUAUGUCUCUGUUUCAGAGAAUUUUUAAUCGGUGGUUUUUGUGACUAUGAGCACUUUGUCAUCCCCUCUUUGUACGUUUCCCUUUCCUUCAUUAACUGUCAACAUCUUAAAAAAAAUUGAACAAUUUUAUUUAGCCGCUGUUUAUCUUUCUUUAGUUAUCACAGGAUCUUAACUAUCUGUACAUAGAGGAGUUGGGGCAUGAUGGCAAUGUAUUCUUUGGUGACAGAUCAGAUACUGCCCUCAAAGAGAGGCACCUAUUGAUGACGCUGUCACGUUUGUGUGUUCGGUUUAUGAUGGAUGGGAGAAGUAGUGUGUUUGUGGACAGAUUCUGACAUUGCAAUGUAUGGGGUUUAUAUGAUGUUGAAAGGGCAAGAAGGUUUGAGUCAUCAUAUUACAAAAAUAAACAUUUUUAUGAAAUCACAA